CCAUGCCCCGGCAUGGUUACGGACGAUACCCCCAUGGAUUCAACUUCAUCAGAGAUUUGGCUUCCUCCGCGAGUCUGAAGUUUUUGUCUCAUCAAAGGAUAGGGGAAAAUUUGACGUGGUGGUUCGGAACGAAUGUUGCGAGUUACGGGGCAACUGUGUGAACAACUCUAAAAGAGGAAGCAGAAUCAAAAGAAGGCGAAUUAUCGAAAAGCAGAGAGAGUAGGGAAGGAAGCAAGAGACCUCCAAAUAUAGAAUAUAGAGUUCUGCUAUCCAGCAAAGCAUGCAAGCACUGGGACUUUCACUUCAAGAUAACAUUGUUCGUUCACCCAAAUUCUUAUCCAAUGCCACUCCUCGAAGUCUGGCAUCUUUUCCUUUGGCUCAGAAACCCUCUAAGCUUGGCGCGAGACCAGGUCUGACUUCCAGAUUUUGCAAAUCACCCUUGUGGGUGAAUAGAAAACGUGUUUGGAGUAGUUGUUCCCAUUCUAUUAGGGUGCGAUGCAGCAAUAAUGGACAGAACGAUUAUAGCACGUACAUGAGAAGAUGUGUAGAGCUUGCAAGAAAGGCAAGUGGGUUUACCAGCCCCAAUCCAAUGGUAGGAUGUGUUAUUGUGAAGGAUGGGGAAGUUGUUGGUGAAGGGUUCCACCCUAAAGCCGGGCAGCCUCAUGCUGAGGUGUUUGCUCUGAGAGAUGCGGGUGAUUUGGCUGAGAAUGCCACAGCAUAUGUGAGCUUGGAACCUUGUAGUCAUUUUGGGAGAACUCCACCUUGUACUGAAGCUCUGAUUAAAGCCAAAGUGAAGAAGGUUGUGGUUGGAAUGGUGGAUCCAAACCCUGUUGUGGCCUCUAAUGGGGUGCGUAGAUUGAGAGAUGCUGGAAUUGAAGUUGUUGUGGGUGUAGAGGAAGAAUUAUGCAAGAGCCUUCUCGAGGCCUAUACUCACCGUAUGUUGACAGGAAAGCCUUUCCUUGCUUUAAGAUAUUCCCUCUCUGUCAAUGGACACUUUCUGGAUGUACUCGGACCCACAGCUAUAGAUCGUGGUGGAUACUAUUCGCGGUUACUACAAGAAUAUGACGCUGUGUUACUUUCGUCUUCCUUAUUUAACGAAAACUUGCCAUUGCCUUCAUCCAAGGAACCUGGAGCAAAUCAACCAAUGCGUGUUAUAGUACGAAGGAAUUCUAGUUGUUCAAACCAAGCUCCUUUUGUCAUCAAUGAAGUUACUGGUAAAGAUAUAAUUUUCACAGAUAGUACAACAGCAGCUACUGAAAUGGCUCACCAAGGAAUUGAAACUGUGGCUGUUGAUCAGGUAAAUCUGGACGCGAUCUUAGAUUAUUGCUAUCGUCAAGGAUUGUGCAGUGUUUUGUUGGAUGUGAGGGGAAGUUUUUCUGAGUUUGAAGAGCUUGUCAAGGAAGGCAUUGAGAAGAAGUAUUUUAACAAGUUUGUGGCCGAAAUUUUGCCAUUUUGGAAUGGAUCUGUGAAGACGGAUCCUCUAAAACCAUUGAAGAGCUUUGAGCAAGGAGUAGAAGUGAUAAAUUUACAGUCCAAGGCCUUAGAUCAAAGUGUUGUGAUUGAGGGAUAUUUUAAAUUUGAGUAAGCUACCAUCUUAGUUGUUGGAAGGUGCAUGUUCAAUAAAUUUAAUACAUAAAGAUAAUUACUUCAAAUCAAUCCUUACUUAUUUAGCAGCUCAUCAAUUUCUUCC